AUGAAAGAAUUAUCAACAAAAGAAGAUUCUUUAAUUUUACCAUUAAUCCUUCAAUUAAUACAAACAUUUCGUAAUGUCAUUGCUCAAAUACAAGAAAAUCAAAAUCAAGCAUUUAAACAUGAAUGGAAUAAGAAAACCGAAGUUAUUUUAUGGCAUGUUUCUUCAAAAUUGAAACCUAACGGUGAACCUAAUGAAUUUCUUCUAAUUAUCAGAAGUGGGAUACAAGCAUUAUCAAAUAUUAUAACAGCUAAUGAUUAUACUAAAAGAUUGAUUUUAUCAGAAUAUAUGAAUAGAAAUGAAUCAAGAGACCUUUUAAGUGAUAUUUUUAUGAAAUCAAAAAUAGGUAUGAAUUUGUUGAAAACUUUUUUGGAAAAAACAGAUUCUCUUUUUAAUUGUAAUAGUGGCGAACAAUUUGUGGAAAUAGUAUAUUCUAUGGUAUCAAAUUUAAUUAACUUUGGUUAUUAUCCAAUCAUGUUUGAUUAUUUAACGGAUUCAUCCAGUCAGAUUCCGUCAAAGAAUCAAUUAGUUUUAAUUAAGUUUCUUGAGGCAAUGUUUGACACAACAUCAACAAUUGUUUCAGAGAAUAUCAAAAUUACUGAAGAUAACGAUUCAACAACAAUAAAUAAUUUUUCAGUUAAUUCUUUACCAGUAACAAGCAAACUUUAUGAUGAUGAUGGAAUAUCACAUUUAUUAAAUGUAUUGACUUUGAUUUUACAAUGUAUUGCGGCUUUAACUUGUAAAUGUGAUAAACAAUUACAUGAAUGUUUAUUUAAGGAAAAUGUUAUCGAAUGUUGUAUAAAUCUUUUAAAUCAAGCCGAUAAAUCUAUUCCACGUAUAACGAAAGCAGCAACAUCAAAUAAUGAUCAUUCAGAAUUACGAUCUUCACCUUCAUCGCCACGAUUAACAACAUCAUUGAAUCCAAAAAUAUUUAUGAAUAUUAAAAAAGAUUUAGUUAAUGUUAUAAGUUAUAUGUCUUAUGAUAACAUUAAAGUUCAAAAUAAAGUACGUAAAUUAGGUGGAAUACAAUUGAUCCUAAAUCAAUGCAACAUUGAUGACAAUAAUCCAUUUAUUCGUGAACAUUCUAUAUUUGCAAUUCGUAACCUUCUUCAUAAUAAUCUCGAGAAUCAAAAACUUGUUCAAGAAUUAUCACCAAUUGAAGUAAUGCAACAUCCUAUACUUUCUACAAUUUCAAGAAAUGAAUCACCAGUCGAUCUUACUUGUGAUUGA